AAACAAACAAACCAUAAGCGGCUGUGAUGGAUUAAAAAAAUCAAAACGAAAAGGGCUAGUUAAUGACUCUUCUCUGCUUCUUCUUGGCUUGGCAACAUCAUAGCCGGCCAGCCCUGUUAAACCCAUUUAAUUCAAUCCAAAAACACUCAGCUAAAGAUUGAUUCCUUUUCCUUUUCCUUUUGUGGAAUCAUUUCAGUCUUAAUUGAGAUUUACGGUCUUCUCUAAUCAUUUGUUGCUGGAGACACACACACACACAUAUAGGCACCGACGAGUUUGCUGCCUUUUGAUCUUCAAGAGUAGGUGAAUUUCUUGAUCUUUUCGAUUUUUUACGAGGUGGGUCGAUCUGAAUUUAGCUCUAGAUUGGUGGGUUUCAAUUGUUUUUGUGAUCUGGACUGUUUAAGAUUGCUGGGUUGGCGUCCUCUUUACUUUUCAAAAAACAAAAUUAUUGGGUUUGAUUUGAGAUGGUCUAUUUUCAUAGCUCAAUCUCGGUCUGCAACUCAUUUGACCAAUCAUCAACAGCUUCCAUGGCAAAUUCUGUGAAUUCCAGUGAGUUUAAUCCAAAAUCAAGGCACAACAAUAAUCAUGUGCACAAGAAUAGGAAGACAGUGAAUGGCUCCAAUUGUAAAACUAUACCUGUUUGUGAUAGAUCUCAGUCAGCUGUUAUUGAUGUUGUGAUCUUGAUAGCUGUCAUUGGUGCUUGUGGAUUCUUGUUAUUUCCUUAUAUCCGGAUUGUAACUCUUGGUUUUAUUGAAUUUGUUGCUGCUAUUCAUUAUGUGGUCAAAGAGGAGGUUAUGAGAAAUCCAGUGAUAUACGGAUCUAUAGGGAUUAGUUCUUUAUGUGCUGCAAUAGUUGCCUGGAUAGUGAUUUUGUGUGCUGCUAGGAAAUGUGGGAAUCCGAACUGCAAGGGCUUAAGGAAGGCAGCAGAAUUUGAUAUCCAGUUGGAGACCGAGGAGUGUGUGAAGAAUUCUAAUGGUACCUUGGUGAAAGAUGGACUGAAAAGGGGCCUUUUUGAAUUGCCUCACGAUCACCAUCGAGAAUUGGAGGCAGAAUUGAAGAAGAUGGCACCAACUAAUGGAAGAGCUGUUCUUGUGUUUCGAGCAAGGUGUGGAUGUUCUGUUGGAAGAUUGGAGGUUCCGGGACCUAAGAAGACAAAGAAGAUCAAGAAGUAGGAUGUUACUUUUGUUGUUAAUUCUAUAGGGAUGAUACAACCAAUAAAGGAGUGGAGUCAAAAUGGAGAGAAGUGCCUUCUCCAAUGGAUCUUCUCAGAGCUACUGUGUACUUAAAUAAGCUCAUGGAAAUAAGUUGUAAGGGAUUAUAUAUACAUUUGGUUAUAUUGGAGAAUAUAAGAAUCCUUUCUUUCAUCAA